AUGGUCCUGCGUCAGUUCUCAACGAGUUCCUUGGACGCAUUAUGCGCAGAAGAGCACCUGGAGCUCCUAGAUUCAGUCGAUACGCUCCGUCUCCAGGGCAUCAGUCACUAUAUCUCUCUUCCACAGAUAAUUGUGUGCGGAGAUCAGUCUUCAGGCAAAAGCUCCGUGUUGGAGGCGAUAUCUGGUGUUUCAUUCCCUGUGAAAAGCAACCUUUGCACACGCUUCCCCACAGAGCUUGUUCUGCGCAAGAGCCCCGACAUUGGGGUGAAAGUAUCCAUUGUCCCUCAUCACUCGCGUAAUCAUGUGGAACGGGACACCCUCUUGCGCUUUCAUGAGGAGCUCCAGAGCUUCGAAGGACUUCCAAAUCUGAUCGAAAACGCAAAGGCUGCUAUGGGUAUAUUUACGAAUGGCAAAGCCUUCUCAAAUGACCUCCUUCGAGUUGAGGUGUCGGGGCCCGACCGUCCCCAUUUAACGAUCGUCGAUCUUCCUGGGUUGAUCCACUCGGAAACGAAGUUGCAGUCCGCCGCCGAUGUCGCCCUCGUUCAAGAUGUCGUUCAAUCAUAUAUGAAGCAGCGAAGGAGUAUCAUUCUCGCCGUUGUAUCCGCCAAAAAUGAUUUUGCAAACCAGAUCGUUCUCCGACUCGCCCGAGAGGCCGAUCCCUCCGGCCAACGAACACUUGGUGUCAUCACGAAACCCGAUACAUUGGUUGAGGGCUCAGGAAGUGAACUCCAGUUUGUCUCGCUUGCUAAGAACCAGGAAGUCAGUUUCCGCCUCGGCUGGCAUGUCCUCAAGAAUAUGGACACGGAGAGAGGGACUUCUGAUCUUUCUGUUCGAGGAGAAGAGGAAGCCGAGUUCUUUUCCCAGGGUAUUUGGGAAGACUUGCCACGGGCCCACGUCGGUAUAGACACACUACGACAACGACUCAGUAAGUUACUUCUUGGUCAAAUCGCCGCAGAGCUACCCAGCUUGAUCCAUGAGAUCCAGUCUGAGAUAGACAAAUGUGCUAAGAGGCUCGAGAACCUCGGAGAGCCUCGCGCUACCCUCAAGGAGCAGCGAUCGUAUCUUCUCCAUAUCAGCCAAUGCUUUCAGACUCUCGUGAGAUCUGGUCUAGACGGCAGUUAUAAUACCUCAUUCUUUGAGAGUGCCCACUCAGAAAAUGGAUAUAAUAAGCGAAUGCGUGCAGUCAUCCAGAACCUGAAUGAAGAUUUCGCGCAGCACAUAAACGAAAAUGGGCACUACCGUCGCAUAUCCAACACUAAGGGCCGGCGAAGAACACCAGACACACAAUUGUGUGUUACUCGCGAAGAGUAUCUCCAGCAUAUCGAAAUGCUACUGAGGCGAACCAGAGGGAGGGAGCUUCCGGGAACGUUCAACCCGAUGAUCAUCAAUGAUUUGUUUAAGGAGCAAUCCCAACCAUGGCAAAAGAUUGCAAAUUCUCACGUCACUAAAGUCUGGGAAGCAACAAAAACAUUUAUUUAUGCUGCCGUUGCGGACGUGAGCGAUAUGGCAACCUUGGGAGCGUUGUUGAAGGAGGUCGUUGAACCAGCCCUCAGUGAUCUUUUGAAAAACAUGGAGGCAAGGCUGACUGAAUUGCUGGAGCCGCAUCAAGGUGGACAUACAAUUACUUAUAAUCAUUCCUUUACCGAGGAUCUACAGAAGGCCCGCCGCGAUAUAAUGAAGGACAGAUUCUCCGGCGUUCUGACUGAUUUCUUCGACGUGCCCAACAUUACAACAUCAGUUGAUAUCUACUACAAGAACAACAACCAACAAGAACAACCAGACCAAGACUACUGUGGCAAUUGCGGCAACUGCAACUCUUAUACCAGUGACAGUAGGGGGAAAUUUAACCUCUAUAUGCUUUUGAACUCGCUGCUGAAAUCCGCCGAAACGGACAUGAUCCGCUACGCCGCUCGGGAAGCUCUCGAUUGUACACUGGCAUACUACAAAGUUGCACUCAAGCGAUUCAUCGAUGGUGUCGCCACUGACGUCGUAGAAACUAUUCUUACGAAGUCUCUUAACCAACUGCUUUCACCAAUAGGGGUACACGACAUGCCAGAUGCACUGGUCUCCCGUAUUGCAGGGGAAUCGAAGGAGAAUCGCGACUUGCGCGAACAACUCUCCAAAAAGCUCGAAACUCUAGAAAAUGGGUCGAAGACUUGUAGGAGGUUUGUCAACAUACAAGGGAUAAAGGACCCUGCCCCUGAACCAGAUGUCGGCUAUGUGUACUCUGGGCUCUCACCAGUCGAGAGCAAGGAAACAACCAGAGUAGGGAAGAAGAGUAAAGGCAAUCUGUCGACCUAUCAUGACGUAAAACGUGGCUUGCACAAGGAAUAA